AUGAGAGAUGUGAUGGCACAUCAAGCACAGAAUCAAGCCGCUGUUGUUGCUAACGUAGCUGUAGCACCUGCCGCCGCACCUGCUGCCGCACCUGCCGAGGUUCAACCUGAGAACGUGAUGGUGCAGAGAGAGAGAUCGAUUCACAAGCUGGUGGAGCAGUUUUUAAAGCUGAGCCCGCCAAAAUUCACGGGUACUGGAGACCUCGAGGCCGCGUCUCUGUGGAUACAAGAUCUGGAGAAAGCCUUUGCACUUCUGAUGUGCACUGAGGCAGAGAAGGUGACCCUGGCCGUUUAUCAGUUGCAGGGCAAUGCUAACACCUGGUGGGGAGACGCCAGAGAGACAAUGUUUCCAGAAGGAGUAGUCCCGCUGUGGGAUGCAUUCCUCCAGGCAUUCAAUGAACAGUACUUUUCGAGGAAUGCCAGGGAGCAGCAAAUAGAAUAA